UCCCGCGCUGAUAUAAUUUUGGCAGUGAUGUAACUUUGAUCAGCCAAUGAAAAGUCGUCAAAUCUCAGCUACGCAUCAGUCUAUUCACAUCCUUCCGAAAAGUGAACAUGCCGGCGAAAGUCAAGAAAUCUAGAAAAGGCCCGUUGCCCACUGGUCCACCAAAACUAAAAACUACUGCAAAAUCAGCUACUAAGAAGAAGCCAAGAAGUAAGAAAAGAAAAGAAUCGUUCAAAAUUUUCAUCUUCAGGGUCAUGAAGCAAGUCCAUCCCGAACUUACAGUUUCUACCCGAGCCAUGGGAAUAAUCAACUCUUUUGUCAUUGACAUAUUUGAAAGACUUGCAUCUGAAGCGUCCAAGCUGGCAAAACUCGGUCGCAGAGCUACGAUGAGCAGCCGUGACAUACAGACCGCGGUGCGCCUGAUUCUUCCCGGGGAGCUGUCCAAGCACGCGGUGUCCGAGGGAACGAAAGCUGUCGCCAAGUACACCAGCGGGAUUUAGGAACCGAGGCACAGGUGUGCCCUUUGAUGUGUACAGAAUUGCUUGACAUUAUAUUUCUGAUCCUUUAUUGUGCAAUUUAAUGCUUGGCAAGUGCUUCAUUUUGCAGCUUGUAAGAGUUGACCACUUUUGUAUUGUCAUUUAACUAUAUUUUAAAUUGUUUUGUUUUUUUUUUUUUUGGUGAUUGAUCAUCAUAGCCCAUUUUGUAGAUAAUAGAAAACACGUUGAUUAAACAUUUAUCAACGAUA